GAUAUUUCGGAUUUUUCUAAAAUUAGCCUCAGGUCGACGCAGUCGGAAAAACCCACGAACGCUAAUAAUAGAACAACAACAACUUCCGGAAGUGGCAUGAAGAGCGGUAAUGAUAGUGGUCUCGGUGGAGGGGCCGACGGUUAUGAUGAUAAUCUCGACAGCAGUUUGCAAAUGAAUCAGCAGCAGCAGCAGCAACAACAAAAUCGACGCAAACAACAACAACAACGAACAACAUCAUUAUCAACACCGUUCGAUAUUGGCAGCCAAUCUGAUUCAGGCCUGCCAGAUGACCAACCAAUAGAAAACGAGCUUCUACCAAACGAAUCAACCUCAUUGGCCGAUAAGAAUACUACGAAGGGUGGGGGUAAUAAGAGGCAGCCAAUAGCUGGUCACCCUGCAAAACCGCAUCCUUCUAUUGGCCGAAAAAUGGCUGCCCUGGUUGGCUUAUCGAAAAGAAAAAGUCAGAGCACCUCACAAAUCGGAGAUAUAGGCAAACGCGGCAAAGCAUCAUUCCAACGCAGCGAGGAAGUUGGUGCUGCUGUAGAUAUGAAAAUGAAGAGGCAGACGAGUAGAGACUCCACGGACAGUGGGGCCAAUAACUACGGGGUGUCCACCGCAAGCCACGGGGGGUCUAGCAACAGUUUUGGGGGGGCCGUUGGUGGGCCUUCUUCGUCCGCGGGUAACAGUAGCGACUCCGUGGCCAUGUGGCAGAGCAGUGGUGGGAGUGCUAUGAUUUCGUCGUCAGAUUCGAGCCAGCAGCAGCAACAGCUUUCAAGUUUUAUCGACGGAUUGGGCCCCGGACAGCUAGUUGGCCGACAGGUGCUAGGAACGGCUUGUUUAGGGCAAAUACAGUUGGGACUUACGGCUCGGAAGGGUUGUCUGGAGGUUGAGGUCAUCAGGGCACGAGGUCUGGUUCCUAAAUCCGGAACGAGAAUUUUACCAGCUCCGUACAUAAAAGUUUACCUGAUGGAUGGUAAGAGGAGAGUGGAGAAGCAGAAGACCUCCAUCGCCAGGCGAACCCUCGACCCCCUCUACCAACAGGUCCUCAUAUUCGCCGAGCCGUUCUGUGGAAAGACAUUACAGGUAACAAUAUGGGGAGAUUACGGUCGACUGGACCGCAAAAUUUUUAUGGGCGUAGUCCAGAUAAACUUGGACGAAUUAAAUCUAACGAGCCUCGUGAUUGGCUGGUACAAAUUGUUCACUCACUCCUCAUUGGUUGUCGGAAGUGGUGUGGGUGGAACUGGCGUUAGCGGUAGUCUCAGUGGAGUGGGUGGCGGAGGUGGGGGAGGUUCUUCGUCUGGAUUAAGACAGCAGACGUCUGUCUCAUCGCAGGAAAGUAGCUAUCAUGUUAGCUCCACUGCCGGAAAUAGAUCGUGAUUGGCUGUGCCGAGUUUUUUUGGUUGAACGAUUGAAAUGAUUAGUAGUUAGCUGGCUGAUUGAUUUUUUUUCGUUGAUUGAUUGCUUUAUUGUGUAAUCUAUGUUUUAUUAACUCUCUAGUCUAUUGUUAAUUUGCUGAUCACUGAUUGGUCGAUGGUUGAUUUGUCGAUUGCAGAUUGGUUAGUACAUCAACCAAUUCGUCAAUCAACAAACCAACCAACCAAUCAGUCAACCAAAAGACGAUUGUUGAUUGCUAGGUUGAAUUUUAUACUUAAAUUGAAUAAUUUUCUUUCAUUCAUACAUGAUUCACUUUCUAUCUUUAAUAAUAACUUUUUUUUAUAAAAUAACAAUCCCAUUAAAAUUUUCCAUGAUAAUAACUGACCUAUAUGCAUUUUAAUUAUUCUCUCUGACCCAAUUACAUAUUUAUUUAUGUAAUUACAUGUAUGAAUAAUUGUUUUUUCUCUUUCUCUCUCUCUCUCUCUCUCUCUCACUCUCACAAAACGAAAAAUAUUUAUGAUAUUUGAAUUUCUAUUUGAAUAUAUAUAUAUAUAUAUAUAUAUAUUAUACUGAGCGUAUUAAAUCUGCAGAAAAUUUUUUUUCUUCCAUUCAUUCCACACUUUCGCUAGUCAUAAUUAUCCAUAAUAUUAUUUUACUUCGCUGAUGAUUUUAUUAUUGUUAUUAUUAUUAUUGUUGUUGUUACUGCGGUUGUAGUACGAUGACGAUGAGGAAUGAAAUGUAUGAUAUUGAAGUUAGUGGUUAACUUUUUGUUUCCUAUAUGAGGCGUUAUGAUCUUUUGAUGUUGCCGUUGUUAUUAUUAUUAUUAUUAUCCUUAUUAUUAUUAUUUUUAUUACUGCUAAUUAUGGUUGAAAAUUAUGUUU